AUGGUUUCUUCUUUAAUCACUUUAAAUAACGGGAUCAAAAUUCCAUUAAUUGGUCUUGGUUGCUGGAAAAUUCCUAAUGAUGUUUGCGCUUCGACUGUCUACGAAGCAAUUAAAAUUGGUUAUAGAUUAUUCGAUGGUGCCUGUGAUUAUGGGAAUGAAAAAGAGGUUGGUCAGGGAAUUAAAAAAGCAAUUGAUGAAGGAGUUGUUAAAAGAGAAGAUUUAACGAUUGUUUCAAAAUUAUGGAAUAAUUAUCAUGAUCCCAAAAAUGUCAAAAAGGCUCUCCUAAAAACUUUAAAUGAUUUGAACUUAUCCUAUUUAGAUGUCUAUUAUAUUCAUUUUCCAAUCUCUUUUAAAUUUGUUCCAUUUGAAGAAAAAUACCCUCCAGGAUUUUAUUGUGGAAAUGAAAAUGGAGAUUUUGAGUUUGAAAAUAUUCCAGUUCUAGACACUUGGAGGGCUUUAGAAAAUUUGGUUGACCAAGGUUUAAUCAAAUCGCUAGGCAUCUCAAAUUUCACUGGUGUUCUCAUUGAAGAUUUAAUCAAAUCUGCUUGUAUCAAACCUGCUCUUUUACAAAUCGAGCACCACCCUUAUUUAGUUCAACAAAGAUUGAUUGAAUAUUGUAAAGUUUACAAUAUUAAAGUUGUUGGUUAUUCUUCUUUUGGUCCACAAUCGUUUUUGGAGCUCAAUGUUAAAAAGGCAGUUGACUCUCCUUCUCUAUUCAAUCAUGAUACAAUAAUCCAAAUAUCAAAUAAACAUCGAAAAUUAGCCGGCCAAAUUUUAUUAAGAUGGGCAACUCAAAGAGGUGUUGCAAUCAUACCAAAGUCUGUCAAAAAGGAAAGAUUAAUUGAAAAUUUAAAUACUGAAGAGUUUAACUUGACUGAAGAAGAAUUAAAUCUAAUCUCCAAUUUAGAUCAGAAUUUAAGAUUCAAUGAUCCCUGGGAAUGGUCAACUAAACCCAAUCCAAAGAUGGGAAUUUUUAUCUGA